AUGAGAUCGAAGUCAUCGAGGAAGCCUCUCCGAGAUGUAUCCAAUGCUAAAAGUACGAAGAAAUUGCUCUCCAUUAAGUCUGCAAAUAAUUGCAAGAAAACCCUAGAGGAAAACGGAGAACAAAUGGGAGACGAUUCACUCGAUCGCCUACUUCUCGUUCACUCCAAUCUAUCCUCCCUCAUGCAUCAGAUUGAUGAACUAGUCGUUCAAGCUCUCCAAUUGAAGAGCAAGAAAGGAAACAAAGAAUUGGAAUCAUUUGCAGAUAUCUUGUCUGAAAUGCACACUUCAUUGAAGCCAUGGGUUCCAAGAUUCCAAAAGGUACUUUCAAGUCAAUUAACAGGGCCUGAGAAUAAGUUGGAACAGCCAUUGGCAAAAAAUGAGGUUUCUGUGGUGAAAGGAGAUACAAGUGUUGAAGUUGAAAGCCCGGAACCAACCAAGUGGGAGUCACUCAUCUCUCCUUCACCCCUCGUGUCCUGGCGGACUGAUUGCAAUACUGAGGGUGGUAGGCAAUUGUUUCUACUCACACCUCUGCCUCAACCAAGGGCAUUCUCAGCCAAAUGUCAGGCAUCCUCUAAAUCUGCGUUUGAAAAUCUUACAUCUGAUGCAAUUGCCUACCCAUCAUUUCUUUCUCAUAAAGUAGGACGUGCAGAGCCAACUUCAAUCCAGGUUUUGGAUUCUGAAAUGACUAAAACAGGGUGCAAUUUUGAGUGCGAGUGUGCUUCUCCUGCAAAGAUUUCUAGAAUGAACUGCUCUAUGCUUGUCAUGACUCCAUCCUUGAAAGUAUCACCACCCAAGUCCUGCAUUUUGCUUGAGCCGGCAUCUGAAUUUUCAAAAAGGGACAAUCAGAGGGUUCAAAGAUCAACACCUUUUCCUAUUGGAGUUCAAAAUUCUAGUGCAUCUGCGGAUUCAGAAUCCUCCAGCAGUCCAAAGUCACAUAAUCUGGCUUUCAAGUACCCCGAACUCAUUGGAAUAAAACUAGCUCAUAACUUCGGAAACAGAACAAAGGGAGUAGAAGAAUUGCCAAAUUUGAUCAUGUCACCUCCUAAAACCUGUGUUAUUAUGGAGCCUCCUGAUGACAAAUUGUUGACAAAUAUAUCCAGCAAAUGCCUGCCGCCAAAAACUCCUUCAGUGCAUAGUCGACAAGCACUCUUGUCUUCUAUGAAGGAAAUCAAUCAUCAAGAUGGUCAUUACCCAGCCGGAAAAAUAUGCCAAAAAGAAGUUGGCAGUAGAUUGGAAAUAGCCGAAAGCACUCCUGUGGUGAAGGAACCGGAGAGCAGUAUCCUAGUGAGAAGGCAUCCAGGAGAGAAUACAUUAAAGAAAGAAUUGUGGACGAAGUUUGAAGCAGCAUCGACACAUGGGAUUCGUUUCAACAUGGAUGUUCACCAAAAGACUGCUGAAAAAGGAUUUCUCGACAGAUUGGACGAGGCUUAUUCUGAUGAAUGA